GCUGUACGUAACCACGAUCUCACUCGUAGCAGCGGAAGACGAGAUUCAAGCUUCCAGUAGCAACAGAAACGGCGGAGGAAGGACCCAAAUGACCUGAAACAUACGGAUUAAAAUCCGUCGCUAGGUCGCUCGGACGUCCUGUGGUUGCGAGGCGCAGCAUUAGCUUUGUCUAAACAGUGUCGUGUCGGCGUGCCUGGAGCCCGUUUUUAGGAUAAAGUCACGCAUUUUCUCCCGCUAGCCUACAGUAGUCCUGCUCAACAUCGCUAGCCUACAGUAGACCUGUUCAGCAUCUGCUCACUAAACCGGACCGUAGGCUGUGAUGGUCCACAACUCUUGACAGCCUCACUACUGGAUUGGCUGUUGUGUUUUAUCGUGGGGCCAGAGGUCACAGUAGCUUCAUAUCUGUCAGACGGUCUCCAGAGGUGUUCCCACAAAUGCUGGGUUCCUGAUGGCCCGUGUGAACUGACCCAUUGUCACAUAUCUGAAAUCAAAAGGAAGUGUGAGGACUCUAUUCACAAGAGGAGCUGAAAGCAAAAGUAAAAAGGUAUCAUGUCUUCCAGAGAACGGCGCUCUGAUCUGCACAUAAAGGCAGAGCCUAGCAGUCCAGAGGGUGGAGGCGGUGGGGGCAGGACCAGUCCAGGUGGUGCCUCCUCAGACUCCUCGCAAAGCGGUGGAGGAGGCGCUCGGGGGGACGGCGCUGGACGUUACUCCUCACCCACCUAUAGCCCAGCCCUCCGCUGCCACUUCAAGGAGGAUGGGGCAGACGCAGCAGACGAGGGCUCAACGGGCAGUGGGGGUGGCCGCUGCAAAUACGCCCUCAGCACCCUCCCCAAGAGGCUGUGCCUAGUGUGUGGAGAUGUGGCAUCAGGCUACCACUAUGGCGUGGCCUCCUGUGAAGCCUGCAAGGCCUUCUUUAAGAGGACCAUCCAGGGCAACAUUGAGUACAGCUGUCCAGCGUCCAACGUGUGUGAGAUCACCAAGAGGCGCAGGAAGGCCUGCCAGGCGUGCCGCUUCACAAAGUGCCUCAAAGUGGGCAUGCUCAAAGAAGGAGUCCGUCUAGACCGAGUGAGAGGGGGAAGACAGAAGUACAAGAGACGGCCAGAAGUGGAGAAUGCCACGUAUCAGAGUGCCCCAAUACCUAUAAAGAAAGAGGGAGAGAAAGGCUCUCCCAGCAUCAUUGUGUCUCACCUGCUCGUGGCAGAGCCCGAGAAGUUGUUUGCCAUGCCAGACCCCCUGCAGCCAGACACAGCCCAGCGCACCCUCACCACCCUCUGUGACCUGGCUGACCGCGAGCUUGUCGUCAUCAUCGGCUGGGCAAAGCAUGUCCCUGGCUUCCUCUCUCUGUCACUGGCUGACCAGAUGUCAGUGCUGCAGUCUGUGUGGCUGGAGGUGCUGGUGCUUGGGGUGGCCUACCGUUCUUUGGGCUGUGAGGACGAGGUGGUGUUUGCUGAGGACUUUGUGCUAGAUGAGGAAAUGUCACGUGUGGCUGGCCUGACUGAGCUCAACGCUGCCAUCUGUCAGCUGGCACGGCGCUUCAGGGCUCUGCAGCUGGACCGCGAGGAGUUUGUAAUGCUCAAAGCCAUCGCUCUUACUAACUCAGAUUCAGUCUACAUUGAAGACAUCGAGGCUGUUCAGAAGCUGAGGGACCUUCUUCACCAGGCUUUGUUGGAGCUGGAGGUGCAGCAGCGUCCUGAUGACCCGCAGCGAGCUGGCCGCCUCCUACUCACACUGCCCCUCCUUCGACAGACAGCCAACCGCGCCCUCACUACCUUCUACAGUAUCAAGACCCGUGGAGGAGUUCCCAUGCACAAACUCUUCCUGGAGAUGCUGGAAGCCAUGAUGGACUCACCUUAGUGAGGAAUGAAACAAAGAAUGGAUUAGUGAAAGAGUGAGGAAGAGACUCAACAGUAGAAGGCAUGACUAGUCAUUUUUUAAGAUGAAGCUUUUUUUGUUGUUAAAAGAGUGCAAGGGCUGAAAGGCAAAAAGAGGGAUAUUUCUUUUCAUAGAAGAGCUGAAGGGCAGACGUCUUUUCAAAAAGGAUUCAUGUGUGAAAUUUGUAGCUUUGAGGGGUCAUGCAUAACUUGAGGUACUUAAACUGAAUGGUUCAGCCAUGGAUGUCCUCUUUGGAUUUAAAUUGUAUUGAAGGAGAAAUUGGACUGAUUUCUUAAACCACACUUGUUUGAUACUGGAUUGAGGUACCAUGUGGGAAUAAUAAUUGUGCUCUGAAGAGAAAAGUCGGUGGAAGAGUCGGUGGAACUGGUCACCAUAUUAAUAGUUACCCUUAUCAUGCAGAUUCCUUCAGAUUUUAUUGACAGAAAUUUAUACAGGACCCUCCAUCACUGUUAACCUUAGGGGCAAUGAUGCGUUUAAGGAUGUGUUAUGGAUGAAGGAAACCUUUCAGCCUCUUUCUAUAAGGUAGUAUGGCUGAUUUCAAGGAAAUCGAGUGGUCAUGAAUAGCUCCCCCUACUGAAUCUAUAGCCAUAGAAAAAACAACAUAACUGAAAAUACCUAGCAUUGCAGGUGACCAUGUAAAAACAACAAUGUUUAACCUGCUUCCACUCCCUCUCCGCUCUCUCUUAUCUGUGUGUAGUCAGUCACGCUCAGCAGUUUAGAAGUACUUGACGAUGCAUGUAAGUGCUAUCUUUUUUCACCCCGCUACAUUACUUUGUGGUUAGAAAUAUGCAAGACGUGUAAAGGAAUACUAACAUCUGCAGAGUGAACUGUGUGCAGACAGAGAAGUGUUACUUAAAACAUACAUUCAAGGUGCAACAAAUGGAUGAAGAGGUUAACAUUGAAUACACUGGCACGUGUGACACUACCAGAAAUAUCGUAUGUGUUCUAACAUGCAAUAUAUUUUAAAGCAAUAUGUACAAUUUCACUCAGCAAAGUGCAACAAGUCAUCCAUUUGUCUCUGCAGAGAGGGUGUUGUUGACUUGUCUCAGUCAAGCUUUUUGUUUGGUUGAAAUUUAAUAGUGCAGUUGCACAGCAAAGGCAAGGGGUAUACAAAGGGAAUGCUAUCUAAUAGAACAACGUUCUUAGAGUACAGAGUAGUGCACUCAUUGUAGAUUUUUCAAAUUUGUUCCAUAGAUUAACCGCCAGAACAUCUUUGUAUGUGUGCGAGUGUGUGUUUCUGCACAGGGUGUGUGCUGUGUCAGAGUUAAUUGAUGAUGGUGCAUUUAGAUCAGGGUAAAAAGAGCAACCUCAGCCCCUGUAGGCCAGCUGGCUCUGUGCUUCAGGCCUGCUGCCGGGGAGAGAGAUUUUUUUUCUUUUGAAAUCCACUUGAAAGGACUGAACAAAGCAAAAGCUCACGGAUGGACUUCAGGUGACCAAUACCACAUUACACUGGCCGCCGGUGCAGGAGACAGCAUUGAGGCUGCUCUUUGCCUUGUCAAACGCUAAUGCUGUUUGAUUCAGACUGCUAAAACACAAACAUCACUUCUGCAUCCUGAAUCCCUGGAGAGACUUGAGAAGGAAUGGAUCCGUUUUUUGAGAAAAAACGAACUUCAACCCUUGCCACAGACAUGUUAGGUGGCCGUCAUUGGACAGCUGGAACCAGGAGGACGUGCUGUGUGACUGAACUGCUAGCCUCAUUGGCUGAGAGCUACAUUUGAUACAACAUGAGGAGCCUCAUAAUACGUGGUCGAAAACGAGCCCUCUUAGCCCGAGACCAUUUUUUAAAAUAUUGUUUGAUGUUUUGGUUGGUUUCACUGCUGUUUUUAGAGCCGUAUAUAGGUUGUUUGCAGACGUUUGUCUCAUAUUAUAUGCAAUCAUGUUCAGAGCCCUACAACUCUGCUACCUUUUUAUUUAUUGUUUGCAUUUGAAAACUCAAGAGGAGGAAGAAAAGCCAAUUGCCGUCCAGGCCAAGGCAGAAUACAUAAUAAAAUCCAACCACUGAUCAACAGUUUUCAGACCUCUGUGAGAUUACAGUGUCUUCAGGGUGCUUUUCACCGUAUGUUUGUAGUAAUGAUUGUAUGUGUUCAUUGAGAAUGGUACAAAUUAUGCCUACUGCAGCUAUGAAGGAAGUGGCGUCCUGUACACAGACAGUGUCUAAUUCUGAGAAGCAAUUAAACGUUAGGAGGAAAUCUCUAUUAAUAUAACCUAAAUCAAAAUCAGCAGUAAGCUUAAUCUUGUUCUGAGAAUAACCAGCCCUUGGGAAACAGUGUAAUAGGUGCUUGAAAUUUUGAUCUGCUAACAUGAGCUUCUUUUCUCGUUUGUGGUUUGUUGUUUUGGCUGACUUGAACGUAGACUUUCAGUAUAAUGUUACACAUGGCCUCAGGUUUGGUACUGAAAUAAAGCAAUCUGUUUGGUUGAGUAUCGUAAAAUGUUAGUUUUUCCUUUGAAUUUGUUUGGUCUUGGUUUCUUUUCCCUCUUUGUGAUUUUUUUAACAAAGCUUUCCAGUUAUCUGUCAAUACUAACUGAAGUAAAUAAAAGCGAAAGCCAGGGAAAUAAUACUUUGUCUUUUUAUGUGAGCUAACAAUAGUACAGUUAUGCAGAUUUCAGGCCCUCAGUAUAAGCAGUGUUGAACACUCAAGUUAUUAAAUUUUUUCCCUACCUGUCCCUCAUUAAUGUCACCACUUCUGCUAACUGGGUGAACACUGGCUGGACUUCAAUAACACGUAUCAUUGUUUCAAGUUGCUGUACCCGAGCAAAUCGACACUAAAAUGCUCUUUGGUUUGUUCGAUAAGUUGUCAAUGUUUUUUCUGCUCUUUUGUACACAGGGAUACAUGUGUCUCUCUGUCAGUGGUUCUUGGGAUGUCACAGAAUGUGUACAUAACCAUGGAUGUCUGGGUCCAUUCAAAGAAAGUUGUAAAAAUGUCAAUGUUUGUGUCAAUAAUUCUAAUAUUAUUAUCAAUAAUUAUAAUUAUAGCAACUAUAAUAAUGAUAUAACUAGUGUUUUCAUAACUGUCAGCGUUAUAUGAUGCCAUUUUGUCAUUGUCGACAUUAGAUGAGAUUUUGGAGCCGAACAUGGUUUAGAGAUCAUUUAAGGUCAUGGGUAGCUGUUAGUGUGUCUGUGUAUAUUUAUGUAAAUGAGCAAUACAAGAAUUUACCAAAACUAUGUUUUCACAUUUCUCUGUAUAGUGACAUACUGUAAAUCAAACCUCAGCAGUAAUAACAGUGAUAACAAUCCAUAGAAAUAAUGAAGCUUAUAAUAAGGUAAAGAACAAAUCAAUGUUUGUAUUUUAAAAAUAUUGUAUUUAAAAGAUUAAAUUCUAUUUUUUACUCAAUUUGCUGAUGUUUAUUAAUAUUUUGGGUUUUUUUUUUCUUUCUUUUUGUGUGUGGGUUUCAGUCUAAUGAUUGUGAAUGUCUCUGUGUGCUGUUCUCUUUUUUGUAAAGCUACAUAGUUCAGCAGUAGUGACUAUAUUUCAGCAAUUUGUUCAUAUUGAAUCACUGUGAUGAAAAGGCAAACACUAAAACACCACAGGAAUAUAGGGGUAUUUUAAGAUAUUGUCGGUGUCUUGUGUUUUGUAAUAAAUUAACACACGUCAGCA